GGGAGGGAGUCCCCGGGGGUGGCGCGGCAGGGGGACGCCGAAGGGACGGACGGGGGCAGCGGGCGGUCCGGGCGGGAGGAGAGACCACGGGUAGCGGAACAGGCGGGAGACCGGACUGAGGCGGCGGCUGGACGCGGAGGAAGAAAUGGAGAUUAUGACUGAGAAACAGAGAGAUACUCGAUAUUUCUGGAACAAUACACCUGAAAAAAGUGAUUAUGAGGCUGUGGAAGCCCUUAUUUCUAUGAGUUGCAACUGGAAAUCAGACUUCAAAAAACAGGCAGAAAUGAGACCUAUAACUCCAGCGUCUGAUGUGUCAGAAGAGAGUGACGAGUCUUUGCUUCCUGGAGCAGCAGACUUUAAUACGAUACCAGCAUUUUGCCUGACCCCCCCGUACAGCCCAUCUGACUUGGAGGUGUCGCAGGUGGUCGGUCCAGGGACACCCGCCGCAGCCCCCGGCAAAUCACUGUCAGAGGCAGCCAAAGCGCCUCUUGCUGCCCCGUGCAGGGAGGUGGAGAGGCCUCCAAAGGCUCGAGCGACGAGUGUGAUCCGCCACACGGCUGAUGCCCAGCUUUGUAAUCGCCAAACCUGCCCGGUGAGAGCAGCCAGCCUGCUGAAAUACCAGGACAGUGUUUUGAGGGAAACAAACAGUAAACAAGAUGCCGAAGCAGAGCAGUCGGUGGAGAGCAGCGGAGCCAGCGAUGGGAGCAGUGAGCUGCUGGCAGCAGAAGGAAGAACUGCAGAAGCAGCUGCCAGCCCGGUGCCCUGGACAAAGCCAUCGGUCAGCAGGCCCCAGCCUGUCUCUGGCUCGGCGCAGCAGCUGGUGCCGGUGGCACCGCCGUGCCCUGUCCCACGCAGCGGAGCCCCCCCCGUGCCAGUGAUUUGCCAGAUGGUCCCGCUGCCUGCAAACAACAAUGUUGUGACGACCGUAGUGCCCAGCACCACGCCAAGCCCGCAGCCGGCUAUCUGUCAGCCCAUGGUCUUCAUGGGCACCCAGGUUCCCAAAGGUGCUGUUAUGUUUGUGGUGCCCCAGCCAGUUGUGCAGAGCACAAAGGCUCCCAUUAUUAGUCCAAAUGGCACGAGACUCUCUCCCAUUGCCCCUGCUCCUGGCUUUGUACCUUCUGCAGCAAAAAACACUCCUCCGGUUGAUUCUUCAAGAAUAAGAAGUCACAUUUGCAGCUACCCAGGAUGUGGGAAAACGUACUUCAAGAGCUCCCAUUUGAAGGCUCAUGUCAGAACACACACAGGAGAAAAGCCGUUUAGUUGUAGUUGGAAAGGCUGUGAGAGGAGGUUUGCACGGUCUGAUGAACUGUCUCGCCAUCGCAGAACACAUACCGGGGAGAAGAAGUUUGCCUGCCCAAUGUGCGAGCGGCGGUUCAUGAGGAGCGACCACUUAACGAAGCACGUACGUCGCCACUUAUCGGCUAAGAAGUUACCAAACUGGCAAAUGGAAGUGAGCAAGUUAAACGAUAUUGCCGUGCCGCAAACAUCUGCGACCACCCAGUGAAAGGACUUGCUCUGGAGACUGUGGAAUUAACUGUUGUCACUGGGAGACGCCAGCUGAAAAAAGGCUUUUGCUGCCGUUCUGUGGUUCUCCCGCGCUGGCUGCUGGGGGCGGUGCAGCAGAGAGGCAAAGGCACUCUGCACUCGGUCACAAAUAAUGUUGCUGCGAGAACCAGUGGCUGACUGGAAUAGCGGGUGUCUUUUGCACUGGUGAGGGGGGAGAAAAGGGGAAGGUUCUAGAGCAGAGCAGCACACAUUGUGGAAGUUUCGAACUCUGCAAAUUUUUCAUAUACACUCUAGAUCAGUCACACAUCAGUGUUACUGAAGGUUUGCUGCUGAUGCUUGAGACCAACUCUGAUUUUAACUUCCAGUUGUCAAUCUUUAGUACAAGACAGACUGGGAAGACAGCAAUGUACAGGCGCAGGCUUGAAAGCCCAAAAUGCAUCUAGGUAAGAUAAUCUAAAUCAGUUUUCCUACUUCUGCCAGCUUUUCAUGGUAGGAAUCCUAUCAUCCUGUCCAUUCCCCAGCCCCAUCCUAGGUGGUGAUUUGGUGCCAGACUCCUGGAGAUUUCAGGGCUGUCCCCUGCACGGGGUAUUGAACACACUCAGCUUUACAUCUGCUGUCCAGGGGGUUCAGAAGGGGCAGCUGUAGGGUGGGAAUGUUUCUGAAUCCUUGUUAAUUUUGUAAUAUUUUCCCAGCCUCUCUGGCAAGCUUUGCAAUUAUUGCAAUUGGUUGUACCUGGGCAUCGUACGAUGCUUCUGCUUUUGUGUUGCUUACUGUUUCCUUUACACCUGCUCACAGUUCUGUAGCACUGCAUUUCUCACAGAUGGAUACACUGCACUUUUAAGAGAAAUAUCAUAACUGGGUUGGGUUGAUUAAGGAAGAAGACCAAGUAUCUUGGACUUCUUGAUCAUGUUAUUCUUUGAAAGACAGUUUAUAAUGAAAAUGAAAUGGGUAUAUUAUGUAUUGUAUUAAAUUAGAAAGUUGUGAUUCAAAAAGUGAAAUGAGGCAGUCAAGACACCGGCCUGGAAUUUGAACUAUAGCUUUUGUGUCAAAUAAUGCAUCAACUUUCACUAUUUCUAUUUUAUCAUAUGUUGAUGACGUAUCAGAAAGUGAACAGUUUGAAAAUAGUGUAUUAGAUACGCUUUUUGUGACUACUUUAAAGAUUUGCACAUUUCUUAUGUUGUACUUUAUACUUUGUUUACAAUAAAACCAACUAUCUUUAAUUGA